CAGCGCAACACUGCCUCAGUUAACUUCCACUCCUCCCACGCGCCCUGGAACCGACCAACGAGCUUCCUUCCUGUCCAUGGACGCUACCUGACCUGAGAUCGGCCUCUCUCACUGAAUAUCCCGCCGCACGACGGCCUAUGUCUUCGCCGACGCAAGCUCCGCAACCCCAUGCAGCUCCGACGAGUCCUUGCGAGGAUAGGCUAGCAAAUGGCGUCAACAGACAGACGGUAGAGGGGGAGGGGCAGCCGGAACCAGCCACAGCAAAGGGGCCUCAACCUGAGGCUUCCAGCAAUCAUGAAGGCACGCUUGCUAAGGCGGGGCAGGCGCUGGAGCCUCACCAAGACGCGGGGCUUGAAGAUGCAAACAAGACCAAGCAGACGCAGGAGCUGGCUCACGAGGGCACAGAAGAAUCUCGGCCAAGGUCUGCCCAGGAAGCCACGACCGUCGAGGCUAGUGCGGGGAAGCAGCCGCAGAGCACCCCACCGUCAAUGGACGAGAUGUCAGCCAAAACAGAAACUGCACCGCUCUCCUCGACCCCACCUCCUGCACCGGCGUCCAAAGCGGCAGGGAAAGCUGCAGUCCGCUCUCCGUCUCCUCCACCGCCUCCCCCAAAGGACGAAAGGUACCUCUCCUCCGGCAUCGAUGUGCCCAGCCGGACUACUUCGCCCCUCUCGCAAGGGAGAUCAAGUGGCAGAAACUCGGAAGACGCUGAGGCGGCCGAGUAUGCUGCCAAGUAUGAGGGCGCCGAGGACAUUGUCGACGAUUCGAGGUCGGAGAUACAGAGCAUCAUGGAGCAGUUCGAGCACGGCAGCGGAGCCCCGGGCGCCGACGAGAUCAUGUCGCCGCGCUUGGAGCUCGCUGGCCCCAUGUUGGAUUCGCCCAUAACCCACCCGCCGCGGAGGUCAAGUCUGGAGCCCCUAAAUAAGCCCUUGCCCACGCCGGCAGAAGGUGGUCCGUCUGAGCAGGCCUUGCAGUCGCCACCGCCGCGGACCUCAUCGCUGUACCGAGUUGGAACCAACAGCUCCCUGAACGAGAAGGCGGCCAGGCCCAUGUCACCCAGCGCACAUGCGCCUCAGUACAAACCCACUCCUCCCGUGCCUGACCCAGAACCUGACCUUCCGUUCGACUUCCACCGCUUCCUCGAACAACUGCGCCAUCGCACGGCCGAUCCCGUCGCCAAGUUCCUUCGGUCCUUCCUCCUUGAGUUUGGAAAGAAGCAGUGGAUGGUGCACGAGCAGGUCAAGAUCAUAGGCGACUUCCUCGAGUUCAUAAGCAAGAAGAUGGCGCUGUGUGAGGUCUGGCGGACAGUGUCGGACGCCGAAUUCGACAAUGCUAGAGAGGGAAUGGAGAAGCUAGUGAUGAACCGGCUGUAUACGCAGACGUUUUCGCCUGCAAUACCGCCGCCCGAGCCCGUUCAUCCUACGAAAAGCAGGCGGCGAGGGCAGGAGCCUGUCGGGCUCGGUCGACGAGGACAGCACCAAGAGGACGUUGAGCGGGACGAGGUGUUGGCGCAGAAGGUCCGGAUAUACAAGUGGGUUAAGGAGGAGCAUUUAGAUAUUAAGACUGUCGGUGACAAGGGCAGGAAAUUUCUACUCCUGGCUCAGCAGGAGCUACUAAAGAUCAAGAGCUACAGAGCGCCCAGAGAUAAGGUCAUCUGCGUUCUGAAUUGCUGCAAAGUCAUUUUUGGAUUCCUUCGAACAUCGCAGUCAGAUCAGUCUGCCGACGCUUUUGUCCCUCUUCUCAUAUACACAGUGUUGCAAGCAAACCCAGAUCACCUCGUCUCAAAUGUGCAGUACAUCUUACGUUUCCGCAAUCAGGACAAACUCGGCGGCGAAGCGGGCUACUACAUAUCCUCGCUUAUGGGCGCCAUCCAAUUCAUCGAAGGACUCGACCGAACCUCCCUCACCGUCUCAGACGAAGAAUUUGAAAAGAACGUUGAGGCAGCCGUGUCCGCCAUCGCAGAGCGGCACGCCGACCCCGACCCCGACCCAACAACACCUGAAUCCUCUAAUCCUCCAGCCCUCCGUCUCCAAACGAAUCCCCCAACAACACCCGGCCAUCGCCGCAUGCCAUCACCGCACCUCCACCUGUCCGAGAAAUCCUCCCUCUCACGGCCGGAAGUCACGCCGCGGAAUUCACUAGAGGCAGAAAAGGCAGGCCCGCGUCGCUCAACUAGUCUCCGCAACACUGGAAACGAUGGCGAGCCCCCCGAGGAAGAAAACGCAGCCGUAGCAGGCUUACUCCGCACGAUCCAACGGCCACUCAGUACCAUCGGUCGUAUCUUCUCCGACAAUGAUACUACAGCUACAUCAACUUCCCACCCCGUUUCAACCCCGCAACCAGGCAGCACCCCGCGCCUCUCUCCCGCGCCUCCCGCGCAACCGCGUCGCUCUAGCGAUUACCCUAGGACCGGGACGGCAACAUCUCCGCAAUUUAAUGAGAAGGCGGGGGGGCAGCAGAGGAGAUCCGCGGAAGAACAGCGAUAUCGCGAACGCCUGUCAGCCGAGGACGCGGCGGCGAGGCAAGCGUCCGCGGAAGCGGAAGAGGCGCGACGGAUACAAAGGCAGGAGCAUCGGGUUGUAGUUGAGACGUUGGCGGGGAUGUUUCCAGCGUUGGAUAGGGAGGUUAUUGAUGAUGUUGUUAGGAUGAAAGAGGGAAGAGUCGGGCUGGCCGUAGACGCGUGCCUAGCUCUCAGUAGUCCUUAAUUACUCAGACCCGAUGCAAUCCGACCCCCGAUGCAUCUCCUAUCCACCCUGCCACGUAGCUCGGAGGUCCGGAUUUCCGAAUUGAAAGAUGAGAAUUUGCUUGGUCGGCUUUCUUUGUGUCUUAGGGAGCAUUGGGGGAGCAUUGCGAGUGCGCCUUUGGUUUGGUUUGGUCCGGUUCGCGGAAGAGCAGGUUUAGAUAUAUUUGUAGUGUAGUCCAGGACAAAUCGCAUUCCGCUUAGCAUUGUAAGCGUGCAGUCCAUCCGUAGGGACGCUUGAAUGGUAUUUAAAUUAAACGCAA